AUGCUCGGAUUCUUCCUGACAAGUGUGGUGGAUAGAUGGAGAUCAGUCUUUACAAUUAUUGGAUUUAUUGAAAACGUCGCUCUAUCCGUGGGCACCCUGGUCGCUGGCACUGACCACGCUGCAAAAGUACCCCGCCGCACUAUCAUCCGCUACCUAGUCCUCUCUGAAGUUUUGGUUCUUCGGGAUAUCUCUAUGAGGGUCCGAAGAAGAUUUCCUUCUAUGGAAUCGUUAGUCACUGAGGGAUUCUUGUAUAGGGAUGAGCUGGAAAAGAUGUAUAAAUGCGAGACAAUGUAUUAUAUAAUAAGUACUGGUUGCGGACUCAUUGAGCAAACCAGCUGGUUCAUAAGGCAAUGUUUGAAACGAAGAAUGUGGAUUCCGUGCAGAAAUAUAAAAGAGUUCCGUCAAUCCACGGAAAUGUUUACGAAAUGCGAUAGGGUACCAAUUCCAAUUGCUUAUCCACAGGUCGUCUUCUUGGCAGUCCGUAUCUACUUCAUAAUCUGUCUGAUCUCUCGUCAAUAUCUUCUAUCUGCUCCACCUACUGAGGCUCAAUCAAUCGUUCCAAUUAUGACAAUUCUACAAUUUGUGUUUUUCGUCGGGUGGAUGAAGGUCGCCGAAGCUCUUCUCAACCCCCUCGGUGAAGAUGACGAUGACUUUGAGUGUAACUGGCUUAUCGACAGAAAUAUGUCAACUGGAAUCGAGAUUGUCGACACGUGUCAUGACUCGUGUCCACCUUUGAAAUUAGAGGAACCGGAUGAUGAGAAAGGAACGAUGUACUGGUGCCAUCCAACAAAAAAUAGGUCUCAAGCUCCUCCCACUGCAGUUGCAAUCUCUCAACACAAGAAUCCAUUCGCGAAAGUUUUGAAUAUGGUACACCCAACGACGCCUGAAUCAUCACCUCCUUCUUAUCGUUUAGAUGUUCCGAAACAAUAA